AGGUACCUGGUGGACAGCCGCUGGUUCAAGCAGUGGAAGAAGUAUGUGGGCUUCGACACCUGGGACAUGUUCGGCGCCGGCGAUCCCGGCCUCUUCCCUGGGCCUAUCGACAACUCGGGUCUCUUCGGCGAUCCAGAAGCUCAGAGUUUAAAAGAACACCUCAUUGAUGAGCUAGAUUAUGUAUUGGUUCCCACUGAAGCCUGGAAUAAACUAGUAACAUGGUAUGGCUGCAUAGAUGGACAGCAGCCUAUUGUGAGAAAAGUAGUGGAAUAUGGUCUGUUUGUGAAGCACUAUAAGGUUGAAGUUUACCUUCUUGAGCUGAAGCUGUGUGAGAACAGUGAUCCUGACAAUGUGAUUAGCUGCCACUUCAGCAAAGCAGAUACUGUUGCUACCAUCGAGAAAGAAAUGAGGAAACUAUUUAAUAUCCCAGCUGAGAAGGAAACUAGGUUAUGGAACAGGUAUAUGAGUAACACUUACGAGCAGCUCAGCAAGCUGGAUAGCACUGUGCAAGAUGCAGGGCUUUAUCAGGGUCAGGUUGUUCUAAUAGAAGUGAAAAAUGAGGAUGGCACGUGGCCUGGACAGCGUUUCCUCGCAAAAUCAAGCACUGCAACUAGCAGAAACUUUACUACCUCUUCAAAAUCAUCAGCAAGUUCUUAUUCCUCAGUGUCUGCCACUUCUGUCAUUACUAACGGUGAUAGCAGUAACUCCUAUGGAUUGAACAGCUCCCACCUGGGCAGGGGAGGUUCUGGAUUUGUUUGUAACUCUUACAGCUGCAGGGACAGUGCUUCCCUGUCACAGCCUGGACUCUGUGGACUCAGUAACCUUGGAAAUACCUGCUUUAUGAAUUCGGCAUUACAGUGUCUGAGCAAUACCCCUCCUCUGACUGACUACUUUCUGGAAGAUAAAUAUGAAGCUGAAAUAAAUCCGAACAAUCCAUUGGGGAUGAGUGGAGAAAUUGCAGAAGCCUAUGCAGAGCUCAUUAAACAGAUUUGGUCUGGGAGACAGUCUCAUGUGGCCCCACGUAUGUUUAAAACGCAGGUUGGUCGAUUUGCUCCUCAGUUUUCAGGAUACCAGCAGCAAGAUUCGCAGGAGCUCUUGGCUUUUCUUCUAGAUGGCUUGCAUGAGGAUUUGAACAGAGUGAAGAAGAAGCCCUACUUGGAGCUGAAGGAUGCCAAUGGCAGACCUGAUUCGGAGGUGGCAAAAGAGGCCUGGGAGAACCAUAGGCUGAGGAAUGAUUCUAUCAUUGUGGAUAUUUUUCAUGGUCUUUUCAAGUCUACCCUUGUUUGUCCCAAAUGCUCCAAAGUUUCUGUGACUUUUGAUCCCUUCUGUUACUUAACCCUUCCGCUGCCCUUGAGGAGAGAUCGUCUCAUGGAAGUUACCCUGGUAUAUGCAGACCCACAGCAUAGACCUGUUCAAUACCGGGUCGUGGUGCCGAUGAUGGGGGCCAUCUCGGAUCUGUGUGAAUCACUCUCCAAACUCUCUGGUGUUCCUGCAGAAAAUAUGGUGGUGACAGACGUGUAUAAUCAUCGAUUCCACAAAAUCUUCCAAAUGGAUGAAGGUUUAAAUCAUAUCAUGCCAAAAGACGACAUCUUUGUAUAUGAAGUUUGCAAGCCAAGCGAGGAUGGCUCGGAGUAUGUUACUCUCUCUGUUUACUUUCGGGAAAAGACAAUGAGGCAAUCCAGUAAUACUUCAGGGACCGUACUCUUUGGUCAGCCACUAUUAAUAUCUGUGCCAAAACACAAGCUCACUGUGGAUCACUUGUACAGUGUGGUUUUGGAGCAGAUCAGCCGCUAUGUGAAACUCCCUUUGGCAGAAGAAUACUCUACACCCUGCCCAGACAAAGGAACCUGCAAUGGCUCCAAUGGUGUGGUUGAAGGUGACAUUGAAGAGAUGGAGCAUCAGGAUGGCGGCCAGGAAGGCAAGGAAAAUCUGGGGGAAGUUGAUCCCUGCCACUCUGAGGGCUGUAUGCAGAUCGAGUCAGCGAGAGACCUGCAGCCUUGCAAGAAGCAGUACUUCACUUUUAGCCUCGUGAAUUCCUCUGGGACUUCUGAGAUAAACUCCAUUGUAGAAGGAAAAAUCUUAAAAUUGAAUGCUUUUUCUGCACUUGCUAUUGAUUGGGAUUCUGAUACACGGAGGCUACUUUUUGAUGAACAGGAGGCACAGGCAUUUGAAAAACAUGGAAGUAUGUUACAACCACAGAAGAAGAAGGCUGUGGUAGCCCUCAGAGACUGCAUAGAGCUCUUCACUACUAUGGAAACGCUUGGUGAACAUGACCCCUGGUACUGCCCUAACUGUAAGAAACAUCAACAGGCCACAAAGAAGUUUGACUUGUGGUCUUUGCCCAGGAUUCUGGUAGUGCAUUUAAAACGCUUCUCGUACAGCAGAUACUGGAGGGAUAAACUUGACACUGUUGUGGAAUUCCCUAUCAGGGGUUUAAACAUGUCCGAGUUUGUCUGUGACCCAAGAGCAGGCUCAUACGUGUAUGACCUCAUUGCAGUUUCCAAUCACUAUGGAGCCAUGGGAGUAGGCCACUACACUGCCUACGCAAAGAACAAAGUGAAUGACAAGUGGUACUACUUUGAUGACAGUAGUGUAUCUGUGGCUUCAGAAGACCAAAUAGUGACAAAAGCUGCGUAUGUGCUGUUUUAUCAGCGCCGAAACAGUGAGGAACAUACUGCCCCAUCUCCUCCCCAAGAAGAGUGUGACGGCAUGGAUACCAACUAAACAUCACUGCCAGCACUGGGCCACCACAUUAGCGGUCACUCUUCUAAAGCCAUGCCUGAGGCGUCUGAAAACUUUUCUUCCUUCUGUAGGAGUCAAGCAGAAAAAUCUAGCACUGAAAGAGUCAGUGCUGGGGGUUGCAGAAUAGCACUGGAGAGCCAGGAAUAGGUGCUGACACUUGGGUGUUUAGAGGCCAAAAAUAAUAUAUAUUGGAGCUUCAAUAAAGUUCUUUUUAAAAUCUG